CGCUGUUUCCAUAACUGUGGUUCUCCAGCCUCAGUGAAGUGGAGAAGCUCCAAGCGUUUCUGCAGAACUGUAAGCGGCUGAAAGAGGUUCUGCAGACCUGAAGAAAUGAGCGACAUCUGCAGUUUCCACUCACCUCUGCAAGAACAUGAUGAGGAGUCGGGGAAUUCGUCUGACUGCUGAAAUCCAGAGAGGUUAGAAUAUGAGAAAAUAGUGUCCAAAGGAAGUUCCACUACACAGCAAACCUCCUCUGGUCACUUCAUUUAACAGACAAACAGGAAAAUAGGAAGCAUGGAGAAAACUCAGCACUGCGCAGAGUGUGGGAGGAGUUUUACCGCAAAGAGUGACCUCCAACGACACCAGCGCAUUCACACCAGAGAGAGGCUGCAUCGCUGCUCCGAGUGUGGGAGGAGUUUUGCUCUGAAGAUCACUCUUAAACGACAUCAGCGCAUCCACACAGGAGAGAGGUUGCGUGACUGCUCGGAGUGCGGGAAGAUUUUCACCACGGAGAACAACCUCAAGCAGCACCAGCGCGUUCACACCGGAGAGAGGCCGUAUUACUGCUCAGAGUGCGGGACGAGUUUUACGACUGAGAACAACCUGAGGCGACACCAGCGCAUUCACACGAGAGAGAGGCCGUACGACUGUGCGGAGUGCGGGAGGAGUUUUGCUCAGCAGGUUCACCUCCAACGGCACCAGCUCGUCCACACAGGAGAGAAACCGCAUCAGUGUUUGGAGUGCGGGAUGAACUUCACUAGAAAAUGUCAUCUCCGACGGCACCAGCGGAUUCACACCGGAGAGAAGCUGUAUCGCUGUUCGGAGUGUGGGAAGAGUUUCACUCAACAGAGCACUCUCCAAAACCACUCGCGCAUCCACACGGGAGUGAAGCCGUAUUACUGCUCAGAGUGCGGGGAGAGUUUUACUCGACACGGUUACCUCCGGCAACACCAGCUCGUUCACACAGGAGAGAGUGAGGAGUGUGAGGAGAGCUGCACUUUAAAGAAUAAUCUCCAGAAACGCCGGCGCAUUCACACUGGAGAGAAACCGUAUCACUGCUCAGAGUGUGGAAAGACCUUUACUAGACAUUAUACUCUCCAAAGACACCAGAGCGUUCACACGGGACGAACGUCCUCUGGCUCCUCUCCACACCAACUCGUCCCACGGAAGAAUACAGGCAUGGAGACAACCCACCACUGCUCAGUGUGCGGACUGAGUUUUGGUCAGAAGGAUCAGCUCCAGCGACACCGGCGCAUUCAUCAGAGAGAGAGGCCGUACGACUGCUCAGAGUGCGGGAAGCGUUUCACUAGAGAUAAUCAUCUGAAGCGACACCAGCUCAUUCACACUCGAGAGAGGCCGCACUGCUGCUCAGAGUGCGGGGUGAGUUUUACUCAGCGCACUCACCUCCAGAGACACCAGCUCAUCCACACGGGAGAGAAGCCGUACUGCUGCUCAGAGUGCGGCAAGAGUUUUACGAGGCAGUGUCACCUCCAGAAACACCAGCGCAUUCACACGGGAGAGAGGCCGUACGACUGCUCCGAGUGCGGGAUGAGCUUCACUCAGCAGAGCCAUCUCCAGAGACACCAGCUCAUCCACACAGGAGAGAAGCCGUACUGCUGCUCCGAGUGCGGGACGAGUUUUACCAGGCACAGUCAUCUCCAGCGCCACCAGCUCAUUCACUCAGGAGAGAAACCGUUUCAGUGCCCCGAGUGCGGGGAGAGCUUCACUCAUCAGAGGACUCUCCAAACACACAAGUGCAGCCACACAGAAGAUGAACCGCAUUGCUGCUCAGAGUGUGGGGAGAGUUUUACUCAGCAGAGUCGUCUUCAAAUGCACCAGUGUGUCCACGCAGAAGAGAAACCACACUGCUGCUCAGAGUGUGGGGAGAGUUUUACUAAAAGGAGUUCUCUCCAACGACACCAGCUCAUUCACACAGGAGAGAAACCAUAUGGCUGCCCAGAGUGUGGGAGGAGCUUCGGGCAUUUGCGUCAUUUAAAGAUACACACGUGUGUUAUGAGCGAGUUUGAGAUGACUGACCUGAAAGAUGUAACGUGUGUUAUUGUGUCGUAGUCACAAGGCGUGACUCAGAGCGAGGGUAGGAGACACUUUGCUAGCACUCGUAUAUGAAGGCUCCUCUUCAGUUUUCACUCCCGCACAUUUGAGACGCAAGACCCCGGGGUCGUCCCAGGACCCACUGGAGGGAUCAUAUCUCUAAGUUGACCUCAGGAUCCUCCGGAAUGGGCUGGAGGAAGUUGCAGGGGACAGCGUUGUCUACCGCAACCCUAUCUGAACUAAGCUGUUAAAGAUGAUGAUGACAUUUGAGACAGUCUGAGCAGACUGGAAAGAAACUAGGGAUGCAGUGGUACACAAAAUAUGUUGUGGAGCCUUUCGGUACGCCCCCUAAGGUUCAGUACGCAUGGUGUUGGUGUUCCGAUGUGUCUCUUAUUUUCAUUCAUCAUUUCCAAAACCCUCCUUAUUGGGCUGCAGACUGCACUCACGUUGUACAUUCAGAUCCACAGUACAUCUCUGCAGAAUUUCCCUGGAGCCUGUCUGCGCUCUGUAUGCAAAUAAGGGAAGGGGAACUAAAAACACGAGGGCGCAUGUGACUCGGGCAGCCGGUCUUAGGUAAACAGACAAAUGCUAAUUUAAAGUUAUCUAACGUCUGACGUUACAGCUGAGUCUUUUUCAGCUCGUAUCUUUCAGCACCAAAAACAGACAGUUUGUGAAGAGGUGGUGAACAGAUGCCAAGCGUGAGGAAUGACACGGAACGCAUCGCUUCAUUAAGUUUGUGGGUCACUGACAAAUUCAAACAUGACAAUUUCUUAUUAAAAUGGACAUGAUGUGCAUUUUUAUAUCUGCCUAUG